UAACCCCAUGUCAUCUUCUGACAGCCAUAUCGCACUUGGAAGUCACGUGUUUCCUGAAUUUACCAGAUAGCUUGAGUUCUCGACUGAAACAUUAUCUUUGCAAAAAAAUAUGAUGCCAUUAUUGAUAUUGAAACAACUUAUAGUUACACCGUGUUCCUAACUAAGAAGAAGAAAAAGAAGACAAUAUUAACCGUGGAAUCAAAUUUUUGACGUCUGCCAAACAGUAAACUAAAUUUAUCAUGUAAUUAUUAGAGAAAUUAGUAAAAAUAAACCCAUUUUCCAAAUGCACAGCACCGUAUUGUACGACAUUAAAGAGGAAGAACCUGGCGAACUUCGCAGCGACAAAAUAUCAGAAAGCGAAUCGGUUUCAUCCUCAGUAGUUUCCGCCAGGUACCUCAUUGCCAUCAUAGCGGACGAAGAUACAUGUGUUGGUUACCUUCUAGGUGGUAUAGGAGAAAUCGAUAGCGAAGAAUCACCGAAUUUCUUCCUAUUCGAUCAGCAUCACAAAAACUUUGAAGUCGAACAUGCUUUUAACAGGUUCAUUAAUCGUACAGACAUCGGGAUUCUGUUGAUACAACGCGAAGCAGCUGAUUUGAUCCAUCGAAUCGUUCACCACCAUCAAAUCAAAAAGUUAAUGCCUGUGGUACUGGAAAUUCCCGGCAAAAACGGUCCUUAUGAUAUUUGCAUCGAUCAUAUUUUAAAGAUAGUCAGCGAACACGAGAAAGAAAACGAAGAUAAAGUGGAGGAGAAGAGGAGGUUGUCAAUAGAGAAGAAAGGAUCAUUAUCUCAGCAGGUGGGAAGUCAGGUUCACCUUAAACGUGGUUCGGAAGAUCAUGAAUAAUUUUUAUACAGGAUGAGUCAUAAGUAAUAAGCCAAAUUGCAACGGUACAUUUAGACGGCAAUAAUAAUAUUUUACUUAACAAUAAUGCGUCAAAGAUCGCUCCUUCCUAAGCUAUUGGAAAAUAAAGUAUAUUUUCGUUAGUAAAUCAGCCAUUUUCUAGAUAAAGGCCUAAAUCAACAAUAAUUUGUUAUUAGAUUUGAGUAAACUUGUAGAUGUCGCCAUAUUAAACAAAAGAUAUCUGCUAUACUUUUGUUGUCACUCAUUUACAACUUACGAAAAGCUCAUUUUUGUACUCAUAAAAAAGUUAUACUUCUUUGAUCUUCAAAAUAUUACCUGUUUUCGAGAUAUUUAAUGUUGCUAGUAAGCACAAAGUUUAAUAUUGAACAAAAUUCUUAAAAACAAAACGAUUUAAAACAUCCGGUAUACUAUUUUAGAUAUAAGAACACGCGAUUAAAAUUUUAUUUAAACAUUUAUAUUUGAUUUCUUUUGUUCAAUAUAGCGUAUGUGACGACAUCUAUGAGUUAACUCAUAUCUGAUAAAAUUAUCGUGUUGUUAAAAAAUAGCGCACUCCAAAUUUUCAGGAUUGUAUCUGCAAACAUAGCUGAUUUAUUAAUAAAAAUAUAUUUUAUUUUUCCAAUUUUCUGAUCUACAAAUAUUA